AUGGCGCCCUCUGCCGCAGCCCCGGUCGGCUCUGAGGCUGAGGGGGCACCACGCAUGGCCAAGUUCCUCUGCAGCUUUGGAGGCAGUAUCCUUCCCCGACCACUCGAUGGCUGUCUUCGAUAUGUUGGCGGUGAGACAAGGAUUGUCAUGUUGCCGCGUGACAUAUCAUAUGCCGACCUAGCUGCACGGAUGAGAGAGCUCUACAAGGAUGCUGACAUCAUCAAAUACCAGCAACCUGAUGAGGAUCUGGAUGCACUGGUCUCGGUUGUGAACGACGAUGAUGUGGUGAACAUGAUGGAGGAGUAUGACAAGGUCAUUGCCACAGGGGAGGCGUUCACUCGGCUCAGGAUCUUCUUAUUUUCUCAGCAUUUGGAUGAUGAUGCUGCAUCAGUGGCUGUGCAUUACAAUGUAGACGAGCGGGAAACAGAGAGGAGGUAUGUAGAUGCGCUCAACAGCCUUGGUGAUGUUAGAUCACCUUCCUCCCCUGUAUCUGUGGAGCAGCUUUUUGGCAUUGGAGGCAAUGAUUCAGGAAUUCCAGAUUUUGCUGGCUUGAGACAUUUGAAUGUCCCUCGUCCAUCACAUAGUCAGAGGUAUGGAGAGAUGGAUUCCCCUUGGAGCCCUGCAUAUGUCUCACCAGGCCAGUAUGGAGUGCAUGACCCAAGGGAUUUUCCAAUUUCACCAUCAUCUGCAAGGUUCCAAGUAGGAGCGGAGGAUUUUGAUGAGAGGAUUCCUGACGACUUUGUAAGGCAGUCACCAAAAUAUCAGCAUUAUGAGGCCCAGUCACCAUCACAUAUGGAUAACUUAGUCUGGCUUCCACCUGGUGCUGUAAUUCAGCAAAAUGCAGGCUUUCCUGGUAAUUUGAGCCGGUCCAACAAUUUCUUGGAUGGGAACAGUGGAUGUGAUCACUGCCGUUCACCAUUCCAGAAGGGUCAAGGUUCAGUGAGUGAUCCUAUCUAUAUGAAUCCUCGUUGGACUCGGCCAGUCCAACAACAUUUUGACCAAGUAAGCAUGAUUAAUGAUUAUCCAAGUCACCAUGCUAGUUCUUGUUCAGAUUACUGCCGCCCUGGUGAGCAUUAUGUGGGAGGUCAAGAUGUUAGAUUGGAAAAUGGUGUUUAUGUUAAAGAGCAAAAUGGUGGUCAUCCUCCCAUGUUUUAUAAUGAGUCACAUCCUCACGAUAGAGUCUGGCAUGCGCAUACCAACCAAAGUCAUCAGCGGUAUGAAGAUCCAAGGCUGCAUCAUCCUGCUAAUGGUAGAGUGAUCGAGCCAUACAUUGUCGAUGCCAACUCUGUAAAUUCAGCAUUUGCACCAAACAAAGUAUAUGAAAUGCAUUCAGCAUCUCUUGGUCGUUCUAGUCAUGAAAGUCCUCACCAUUUUCAUGGUACCAGUGAGCUCAUAAAUGACACGUAUCACAACCAACAAGUUGGAGGCAGUGGAUCGUAUGUGCAGCCAGCAGGGUUUGAAGAAUCCCCUGGGCAGCAUUACAACCACUCUUCGGCCUAUGGUGCAGAUUCCUUUUACCAAAUUCAGCAGAAUUUGCCACCCAUUCAGUCUCUGAGGAGGAGAGCGAACAGCCCUGUUCACACUGCCUCACCAUAUGAUUCCCCACACCUGCCAAUGCCAAAUGGGAGCAUUAACACAAACUUUGUUAGAAAUACAGGUGAUGUCAGUCCCAGGAUACCAGGUCUACCUGGAUAUGAUCGAAUGCCAAACCCAUGGACUCCUCCCAAUGGCAACAUACCAUAUAGAGUUGUUGGGCAUGAUGUUCCUGCUGCCAUGGAAAACACUAGUGCUUUUGGUCCUAGGUCUAAUCCAACUGCUGCUCAGUAUGUUCAGCCUUUUAUUGCUCCUGAAUCAAUCCAGCAUCAACCUGGAGGUCCAUUGAUUCAUCCUGAAAGAGCAUACCCUGAACCCAUGCCGUCAUCAUAUGCUGAUAGCAAAGUAGCUGUUUCUGCAUUGCCCCUCACUGAUCAAUUAUCCAGGUUGGAUACAAACACAAUGAAGAAACUUGAAGGUCCAGAUGAUGUUAACCCUACUCGAAAUGUGAAUGAAGCAACUCCUUUGCAUGCUGUGGAUGAACCAAGUACCUUAUCCCACCAUGUUGGAGCUGUACAUGAAGUUGAUCCUAAGCAGGAGAAGCCAACUGAACAUGAAAGCAGGCAAAAGCAACAUGAAGCUGGGGCUACUGCACUGCAGGAAUGUGGGGAUAUUUCAGAGGAUAGGUUGAAUUUCCUUCCCGAAUUAAUUGCCUCUGUUAAAAAGGCAGCACUGGAAGAUGCUGCUGAGACACAAAUAGCCCAACCAGAUGCUAAUGCUGCUGUUUCACCUGUUCCUGAUGAUGGCGAUAAUGGAAAGAAGUUAGAUGAGGCAACUGCUGGUAAUACGGAUGCAAAUCAGGACUCUGAUUUGCAAGGAAGCCUUGAUCGGCAGAAGAGCUCCAAGAUUGAGUCUACAACUGCUGAAGCUGAAGCUUUGUCAAAAGGACUACAGACUAUAAAAAAUGAUGAUUUGGAGGAAAUUAGAGAGCUGGGUUCAGGUAAUUAUGGGACGGUCUAUCAUGGUAAAUGGAGGGGAUGUGAUGUUGCCAUUAAAAGAAUAAAAGCCAGUUGCUUUGCUGGAAGACCAUCUGAGAGAGAGCGUUUGAUUGCGGAUUUCUGGAAAGAAGCUCUGAUCCUAAGCUCACUUCAUCAUCCAAAUGUGGUUUCAUUUUAUGGUGUUGUUCGUGAUGGUCCGGAUGGAAGCUUAGCAACUGUUACUGAGUUUAUGGUCAAUGGAUCUCUCAAACAGUUCCUGAGGAAAAAAGACAGGACAAUAGAUCGCCGGAAAAGAGUAAUAUUAGCCAUGGAUGCUGCAUUUGGCAUGGAGUAUUUGCACGGGAAGAAUAUAGUCCAUUUUGACCUGAAGUGUGAGAAUCUACUGGUGAACAUGAGGGAUCCGCAGCGACCAAUCUGCAAGAUCGGUGAUCUCGGACUAUCAAAGGUUAAACAGCAUACUUUGGUAUCUGGUGGUGUUAGAGGAACCUUACCAUGGAUGGCACCAGAGCUUCUGAGUGGGAAAAGUAAUAUGGUGUCAGAGAAGAUUGACGUCUAUUCGUUUGGAAUUGUCAUGUGGGAGCUGCUUACUGGGGAAGAGCCAUACUCUGAUAUGCGUGCUGCUGAAAUUAUUGGGGGCAUUGUAAAUGAUUCCCUACGUCCUCAAAUCCCUUCGUGGUGUGAUCCUGAGUGGAAGGGGUUGAUGGAAAGCUGUUGGUCCAGUGAUCCAGCUGAGAGACCGUCCUUCACUGAUAUAUCUCAAAGGUUGAGGAAAAUGGCCGCUGCAAUGAAUGUGAAGUAA